AGGGUAUGCCGGCUGCUACCGGGAUCGCGGAAAUGUAGGGGAUACCUUCCACAAUUAUACAGUCAACAACAAUAAUAUGACAAUUGAAAUGUGUUUAAGUAUUGCCAGGGACGGUACAGAUGGCAUUAUGAAUAAUGGCUCCACACCUCUAUAUGCCGGUCUGGAGGAUGGUAACAAGUGCUGGUAUAACCUAAAGAACUUCAACUUCGUACAACGUGAAAGACCCGACUCCUCUUGCAACAAGAACUGUACUGGUAAUGCUGAUCAAAUAUGCGGUAGUACCAACCCUGACAAUAAUAGUCGCCUUUCAAUAUAUGAUGUGACUCUAAGCUAUUGUGUUGAUCCUGGACUCGUCCCCAAUGGCACUAGGGCCAUUCAUCCCGCAGUGAACGAGUUCUACUUCGGAACCAUCAUCAACGUCACGUGCCACUCGGGAUUUCACAUGCAGGGGGCGCCCUCCAUACAGUGUUUAAUGAGCCAACCUUAUGGUGUUGCUUGGAAUGCAUCAUUGCCACGGUGUUUAGAGUCAACAACAACAACCUCUGAUGAGGCAACCGAAAAGACUGACAGUUCGAUAACGUCAACAACACUGGAGACUGGCUCACCAUCGACCAUCAUGCCAACCAACAUGGAGCUAUGCCAACCAAACAUAGGUACUUUUGUUGGAUUAGGAGGUGCAUUCACAGUCGUCAUAAUCAUCACUGUUGCAGUCUUAAUCUUGGUUUGUUUAAAGAUAAGGCGAGGUGCUAGCAAGUCCACCUCGGACCUGUCUCCGAGCACUACGUCUAAUGCAGACACUGUAGGGGGCAAACAACACCCACUGAGGAACACAUACCAAGAGCAGAGCACCACGUCACAUAAUAACGAAAGCUAUGGGAUACACACCAUCGACGAUGAAGAAGAUGCAACAAAUAAUUCCCAUGCGGUAGCUGAUGACGUCACAAAAAGGCAGUCAGAUGGUGUGGGAUGGGAAGACAAUAUACUGUACGAACCGUCAUACCCAUCCAACCCGGAAUAGCUUCAAGUAUACAUAGGAUAAAGUUGUACACAGUUGAUUCGGGAAAUGUUAUUGUUUUCCCUCUAGUUUCCUUCAAAAAGUCGCUAGACAAUAUACCUCAAAUAACUGUUAGCAUAAAAGCUUUACUUGGUGACGAGCAAUGGAGAGCUGUUGAUAGUAUAAAACAUUGUGAG